GUUCGACAACUCCUGAUGGUGCGAGACGCGACAGGUGACAACCUCCGACUACAACAGGAAACACCUGUAACUGUCAUAAAAACGCUCAGGUGGUCGUUUGACACUUGCAGUAGAGAGCGCAGGCUGCUGACAUCAUUGCACCUCAGGACUAGUGAUUACCUGUUCAGUCUCCAGUUGCAGGUGAAAAUGCCGACAGUUUUUAACCAACAGAGAGCAGGUGAAAGUCUGGACGAAUUUUCAGAAAGAUGUGUUUCAACAACAGAAUCGGAGAGGAGGAGAUUGUUGGAAGAAGUCGACAGAUUUGUCAGAUAUCUUCAUGAUCAGCCUUUCUCAUAUCCAUACUCUGUCAAAGAGGUGAUCAAGAGUGGCUCACUGGGCAAGGGCACUGCAGUGCGAAAUCUGGCUGACAUCGACCUUGUCGUCUUCGUCAACGGCCUGAGCAGCAUCGACGAGUUGCAGAGAGCGAGGCCCCAGCUACUGGCUGGUCUGAGGGAGAAAGUCAGACAGUCAGCCAGGAUCCAGCCAGCAUCCAGCAGCAGCUUUUCCUUGACCUACAACUGGAACGACAUCGAAGUGGACAUCCUCCCAGCUGUUGAUGUCUUGUCACUGUACGGGUCAAAGAGCAAGGUCUAUGAGGUCAUGGGACGGUGCGGCUCCACAGGACAUGCAGCUCAGCAGUUCUCAGCUUCUCUGGCACCUCUACAGCGGGACUUCGUGAAGGAUGUCCCGGAGCAUGUCAAGAAGGUGAUUCGCCUCGUGAAGUUGUGGAAGAAGGAAAACCAUCUGGACAUCCGGUCCUACAGUCUGGAGCUACUAACCAUCUAUGUCUGGCAAGCAGCUGGUAGGGGAAACCCGGGCACUGACUACCUCUUUCGAGAGGUGAUGAGGCAGCUGUCUACCUGUGGUACCCUCCGUGUGGCCUUUGAUGCUAACUACAACAGCUCCACCUACACCAGAAGCAUGUCACAGCCUUACAUUCUGGACCCAGCUAACCCCUACAUGAACACACUCCACGGAACGUCCAUUGGCAACACCUCGGAAAGUGCCAAGAGAGUCCUGAGAUGCCUCUAACCCUGAGUUCAGAGGUCACGCAGCUUGUGACUCAGUUUAAUGCAGGAAGAAAUGAACUCUGAGAAAAUGAAUUGUCUUUAAUGCAACAUGUUUACUGCUUAUGACACACGUAGCCUUACUACAAGAAUUUUCAGUUACUAAUAAUUUAAUUAAUAAUAAUUUACUUUUUUUAGUGCUGUAUCCGUAUCAGUAUUUAACUUUAUAAUACAUACCAUCAGUUUCUUAUUUCUUGAAAUUUGUAUGUUUGAUUAUGAUUUCUUGCUGUAACACGUGUUUAUUUUACUUUCCUAUAAUUAACACAUAAUUUUUAUUCCACUUCAUACCAACUUCCUACUUUAUACAUUCGCACUGUACAUCGCGCGGAAAACAUAAAUAUUAUAUUUUAUGCAAUAACAAAAGAUUUUUCAUGUUCUACUUAAAGCAUUUUUUGACAACUCGAAAUCGUCUAAUAAAUUUGCAUUGUAGAGAAUUAAUUAAGUGCACACAAUCGAAGCAGAAUUUAUGAAGAAAUAUCAAAACUUAUAAGUGCAUUAAUUAACACAAUAUUUAGACUUUUUUAAUAUUAAGGUGUAAUGUUAUAUUCCGACUUUGUGGCUUUUACUGUCAUUAAGAAGCGUUUUAACAGAUGUCUUUGUCGGCUGUUAUCCGAGAAAACUUGUGAUCAAAACUAACAUCAUGUCUACACAACAUUCAGUGAGGUCAGCUUUAUCAUGACCUUAACUUCUCCUUCCUUCUCUUCGAGCUCAUCGCCAUUUUGAUUGCUUCUUUUCUCCCUCCCUCUCUCUCUCACUUACUCAGUCUUGUGUGUGUGUGUUUUCGUACAUAUCUUUGCUCAGCAAUAAUACAUUUUAAUCAGAGCACUUUGCUUAUUACCGGCAGAUAUUUCUCUUCUUUGAAACCUUUGUAGCAAGUUGCAUAUACAUAUAGACAGCUGGUUACUCAUGGUUAUGUUUGUGUCAUUACAUAAAGUACUGUCUUUUACUUUUAAUGUUAAAGAUUUUUCAAAACAACUUUUUUUUCAAAAUUGAUAUAAAAUUGUGUCAAGACAA